AUGGAUAAGAGUUGGAUGUGGAAAGAUAGAAGAAGUGGUGAAUUUGAAAAGGGUUUGGAAUUAUUCUUAAACUAUGCAUUUAAGCAUUCAAGUCAUGGGAAUGGAAUGAUUGCUUGUCCAUGUUCAGAAUGUAAAUGUGGAGUAUGUGUGUCUAGGGCAGAUGCAAAAAUUCAUUUGAAGGUGUUUGGAUUUCUUAAGGGAUACACACAGUGGGUAGCUCACGGGGAAUUUGUAUACUCUUCUGCACCGAUACAGACCUCAGACAAUGUUCCUCAUAACGUAUCUGAUAUAUGUGAUGACAUGAAUGGUCUAGUUCAUGAAGCCUUAGGAAUAUCUCAACAAGAUCCUGCUAUGGCUGGUAUAUUUGAAUCUAAUCAGGAACUACCGAAUUCAGUUGCUGAAAAGUUUUAUAAGUUAAUUGAUGAUUCUCAACAAGAACUCUACCCUGGUUGUAAAAAUUUUUCCAAGCUUUCGUUCAUAAUUCGCUUGCUUCACUUGAAGUGUCUGGGUAAAUGGAGUAACAAAAUAUUUGAUAUGCUUCUUGAUUUGUUAAGAGAAGCAUUUCCUGAAGCCAUGGAAAAAUUGCCUAAAUCUUACUAUGAGUCUGAAAAAUUAAUGAAAGAAUUAGGACUUGGAUAUGAAAAGUAUGAUGCUUGUCCUAAUGAUUGCACUUUGUAUUGGGGGGUAAAUGCAAAAAGAACUUGUUGUGAAACAUGCAAAGAACUUAGAUGGGAAGCAUCAGAAAAUGAUCCAUCCGGUGAGAAAAGAAAAGUCGCACGUAAGGUUUUAUGGCAUUUUCCACUAAAACCCAGGUUGCAACGUUUAUUUAUGUCAUCUAAAACUGCAAAGCAUAUGAGAUGGCACUCGGAGGGUCGUACUAAGGAUGGUUAUAUGAGACACCCUGCUGAUUCCCCAGCUUGGAAAACUUUCGAUUAUCAGCAUACAGAUUUUUCUAAGGAUCCUCGUAAUGUUAGGUUGGGAUUGGCUUCCGAUGGAUUUAAUCCAUUCAAAAGUCCACAUGCUCCUGUUUUAUCCGGUUGGAGUACUAAAGGAAAAUAUGCAUGCCCUGUUUGUCAUAAACACACAACUUCACAACGGUUAAGGCAUAAGGAUUGUUAUAUGGGCCAUAGAAAAUUUUUGGAUCCGGCUCAUACUUUUAGGAAGAAUUCUCGAGCUUUUAAUGGAAAGGAAGAACAUGGGAGAGCUCCUGAAAAUUUGAUGGGGUCUACAAUUUUAUCUGAAUUGAAAAAUUUUCAAAUCAGAUUUGGAAAAUUAGUUGAUGAUAAUCCAACAUUGCCAUUCAGUUGGAAAAAGUUGAGCAUUUUCUUUGAUCUUCCUUAUUGGAAGGAUAAUUUAAUUCGUCAUAAUUUGGAUGUCAUGCAUAUUGAAAAGAAUAUUUGUGAUUGCAUUGUUGGGACAUUGUUGAAUCUGGAUAAAAAUAAGGAUGAUUAUACUGCACGCUGUGAUUUACGUGACAUGGGUAUAAGGCCGGAACUUCAUCCAGUUGAGAAAGAAAAUGGUAGAUUUUAUUUGCCUCCAGCCUGCUUUACAAUGGACAGGAAGGAAAAAGAAAUUUUCUGUAAAGUGCUAAAAAAAGUGAAGGUACCGGACGGGUAUGCAGCUAAUAUAUCUAGAUGUGUGAAAGUGAAGCCGCCCAAAAUUUAUGGACUUAAGAGCCAUGAUAACCAUAUUUUGAUGCAGCAGUUGUUGCCAAUAGCUUUGAGAAAAACAUUAUCGAAGGCAGUCCGCUCUCCAUUGAUUAAAUUGAGUAGGUACUUUCGAAAGUUGUGCUCUAAAGUCCUUUGUGCUGAAGAUUUAGUCCACAUGGAGAAGGAGAUUGCUAUUAUACUUUGUCAACUCGAGAGAAUCUUUCCACCAUCUUUUUUUGUUACCAUGGUGCAUUUAUCUAUCCAUUUGGCCACCGAGGCAAAAAUUGGAGGGCCAGUCCAUUAUCGCUGGAUGUAUCCUAUUGAAAGGUACUUGGGCACCUUGAAGUCUUAUGUUCGAAACAAAAGUCGACCAGAAGGUUGCAUUGCUGAAGGGUAUAUAGCAAAAGAGUGCUUGACAUUUUGUUCAUUUUUCUUGGCUGAUUAUGUGGAGACAAAAUUGAAUCGAUCAAACAGAAAUGAAGAGGUCGCUAAAAGUUCUUCAACUGGACUGGAUUUGUUCUCAAUGUCAACUCGUCCAUUAGGCAAAGGAAUUCCCACUAAAUUCAGCGAUGAGAUUUUGAGAAAAGCACAUCAAUAUGUCCUAUUCAAUUGUGACCAUGUCAAUCCCUAUAUCAACCAGCAUUAUCAAUUGAUUCAAGAAAGGAAUCCCCGAGCUGGAAAACAUGUUAUUGAACUCAUGCAUAGUGAGAAUUUUGCAUCUUGGUUUGCCAAUCAUAUUGAGCACAAUAUAGAGUGCAAGGGAGAUACAUUACUUAUGGAUUUGAAGCAGCUUGCUAAGGGUCCAAAUAUUGUUGGGAUACAAUACAAAGGACUGCUUGUCAAUGGAAAAAGGCUAAAGCAAGAUGAGGAUGGGUUCAUGUUAGCGAACUUUUCGAAUGUAAAGCGGCACAAUGAACCUUAUAUUCUUGCUGUUCAAGCAUCACAAGUAUUUUAUGUGGAAGAUCCUCUUGAAAAUGGGUGGCAUGUUGUUAUCACCACAAGACCAAGAGCUGAGUACAACAUGGAUCAUGUGGGUGAUGUGGACAUGUACUUGCAAAGUCCAAUUUCAAACAUACAGUUGGAAGAUGACAAUGGAGAUGUUAGCUACAUCCGUGAUGAUGUUCAAGGAGUCGGAUUGAUUCCAAUUAGGCCAAAUUCAUGA